AUGGCUGCUACAUUGAUAAGGCAUGAGGAUGGAUUGCUGAUUCGAUCACUCGCAUUAGGUGGUACAUAUUCUGCCACUCCAGAUACGCCGUCCCCAAUCUAUCCUGAUCGACUCAUUCGACCUCUACCAAAGCGCCCAUUACGCUCUCGUCUUUCUCCGGAGGCUGCCGAGUCAAUUCUCUUCCCCCCCGCUCCGCCGGUGUCACAGUUGUUUUAUGGCUCCUACUCCGAUCACCAUGAGAGGCAAGAUAGCAAAUAUUUGAUGCGGCAACACUCUGUUGAUCCAUACAGCCAUGAUCAUAGUCCCGACAGAGAUCAUCGCCAUCCGUACGAGAAUGGCGUCUCAGAAGUCGAAAGUGGAGAUGAAAGCGGUUCGGUUGUUGUCCGUCGUAGUGGCGGGUUUCGGGGGUCAUCGUUACCUCCUUCCACCCCAUACACAAAUGGCCAAGCACAUGACACGCUGCAAACUAAAUCUUCACCAGUCGGGCUGGAUGGCUAUGAUGCUUUUGAAAACACAAACAACAAAAAGAAACGCAAAAUUCCGACUUCAGGGACCCUGAGUAACCAUCACUCUAAUCUGACUACGGAUCUUGCGAACAUAGGAUUAUCUGGGUCAACUCCUGGUUCCCCUGGUGGAAUUGGCGAUAGCGGAACUGGCACAUAUUACGGCUCUGGUAGUCCUGCCACGUCAAAUGCAGGAAGUGGGAUUUCGGGUCCAGGACGUGGUCGUUACGGUCGUCACGCACCUCGUGUUUCUAGUGGCCGUAAUUCGCUUCCAGUGCAUCCUCAAGGCGCCUGGUUCGGUGCACGACCUGGCGGUAGCCGUCGGGAUUCGACACCGUCGUCACACAUCGGAACAGGUGAAAUCGGAUCCAAAUCAGAUCAAGGUAUAAUCUCAACAGCAAUCGCAAACGCGGCGGCGCUUUCUCCGUCUCCAAGAGGGCCAAACAAUGUUAGUCUUCUUGAUCAGCAAGCGAGCAGGUCGUCCCCUACAAAGACACAGUUCACAUUCACAUGCGAAUCGGAUAGCUCGAAGAGCAUUGCUAUGCAUUCUACAAAUCCAUACCCAAUGUCUCAUCCACGGAUGCCGAAUUCGUCUCUCCACGGACAUGCACCCAAUCCGCGUGAUUUCGCUACACAAGGAACACAAACAAGUCCAAACAUGGGUGCAAUGGGUGGACAACAACUACCGCCUCCCCCUGCUGCGGGAACACCAGCAGCUAACCCCGGUCAGAGACCCAAACGGUCUCGCGAUAGUAUAUAUGCAUUGGCUGCUCGUCGUCGGAGAAUACAACAGCACUACACUAAUAUUCAUAAUCCGCCUAGUCCGGAAGAGUUUUGGAUGUGCGAAUUCUGCGAGUACGAAGCUAUUUUCGGAGAACCUCCUAGAGCAUUGAUUCGACAAUAUGAAAUCAAGGACCGAAAAGAACGACGUCGGUUAGCUGAGAAGCGACGAUUGUUGGAAAAGGCAAAGACGAAAGGCCGAAAAGGCAAGAAGGCCACGAAGAACGCAGCUAAACAGGCUGGCACUCAGCAGCCUGCACACCACAACCACGCUCCUGAGCACGCGUCGAUUGACCCGCCUCACCCGGAUGAUUAUCUCGAAGAGUAUGAGGACGAUGCGCCUCCGAUGCCCACAUCAGCUCCUCCUCCACCUCAGUCCACGGCUAAUCGCGGCCCUAUUGGCACACCGAAUGCAGGCCAUUCUCCUCCUAUUGAAGGGCCAGCGCAGAUUAAGGGGGGAAUAGGGGACGGUGGAACGAAUCGUCCAGCCUAG